AUGAUGAUCAUUCAAGACGAGCAUAUAUUGAAAGCAGAAUCAACUAUGAUUGGUGAUAAUAAUUCAAUCAUAAAAGAAGAUGAAAUCAAUGAUUUGUCAAUAACUAAAACGAAUAAUGAAACUAUUAUUAAACGUAAUGAUGAUUUAUAUAAAUCACCUAACAAACGUAAACAAAUUAAACCUAAUAGACUCACCAAUGAUGAUGAAGCAAUUCCGACAGAUUUAACCAAUGGUCAAUCGUCACUAUCUCCAUUACCACCAUCAUCCGUUCCAUCCGAUGACCCCGAACAAUAUUCACCAAGUAGACAACAAGAAGCUUAUUGUAAUUUAUGUGAACGUUCAUUUUGUAAUAAAUAUUUUCUUAAAACACACUUUGCUAAAAAACAUGGAGGCAUUAGUCUCAUAUCUCCAACAUCACUGCCACUCGAAUUAAAUAAUAAUCAAAUGUCAUCACCUUCACCGCCGACUUCAUUAUCCAAUGAACAACCGUUACCAUUAAUUGUUAAUCAAAAAAUUAGUGAAGAUUAUUGCGAGAUUUGUCAAAAACGUUUUUGUAAUAAAUAUUAUCUUCGUAAACACAAGGGUGAAUGUCAUGGUGUCUAUACGGAUUAUAUAAAAUCGUUACAAAAAAGUGCUAAUGAAAGCCCGGUCAAAAAUAAUACUAGUCGACCUAUGCAAAUACCAUCAAAUAAUUCAAAUAUGCUUUUAAUCAAUCCAUUCUAUCUUCCACAAACAACAGAUAUCAAGCCCAUAUUUUGUGGAAAGAAUAACAAUGGUAUUGCAUCAUCAUCAUCAUCACCGACAACACCAACAUUAUCAAAUCUUUUUCCUACAGUUGAUGCAACAAAAAUUUCACCACAACGAACUAUACGUCGUUGUAAUUUAUGUCAACAAGAAUUUCGAAAUAAAGCUCUUCUUCGCAUACAUAUGACUACGAUGCAUUCAAAUGAAACGAAUAAAAAAAAUUUAAUUAACAAACAAAAUAUAAAGCAAUCACCAACACCAACAUUACCAAUGUCACCAUCGAGUAAUUUAGGAUUUUUGCAACCGUAUGUGGAUACAACUAGUUCACUUGCACAUAAACUUGUUGCUGGUCAAGCAUCACAAGCAUCCUAUGGAAUUCUUCAUGAUUCAUAUUUUUGUGCUAAAAUGGCCGAUCGUGUUGUUUGUGAAAUAUGUAAUAAACAAGUUUGUAAUAAAUAUUUUCUUAAAACACACAAAGCUAAAGUACAUGGAAUAGUGAAUGGAACAAAUACGACUACAAAUGGAAAUACCGACAAUUUACCACCAACAAUGGUAUCAACGAAUAAUCUUCAAUCGAGAAUCUCAACAGAUGAAAUUAAAUCACCAACAAUGGAAAACCAACAAGACGAACAAAUAGAUAAUGACAAUGAACAACCAUCAUCGGAAUCUACUGAAAACAAUGAAUUACCCAUCGAGCAAACAGACACAUAUUGUUCUAUAUGUAAAAAAGAUUUUUCAACAAAAUAUUUAUAUUUUUUUCAUAUGCAAACAACUCAUAAUGAUACGUCUGAUUCAACUUAUAAAACAUUAAUACAAUUUAUGAAAGCAGCGACGUCCAUGAAUAUGAAUGAAAAUUCACUACAAAAUCCAUUUCUUUCUCUAGCAAAAACUCUUGAAAACCAUUCAGUAAAUAAUCACGAACAACAACAAAGUGAAGAUGAAUCAGAUGGUAAUGUCGAACAACUAAAACGUAAACGAAGUUCAAGUCAAACCUCCAAUGAUUCAAAUAAACGAAUGAAUUCGCUGUCAGAAACCAAUGGUGGUUUACAACCGUUUCUACUCGAAAGUGAAGAUCCAAAAUUUGCACAUACAUUUGUUCCAUGUAUGGUUUAUCUACCUGUUAUACGACGAGUCACUAAACAAGUCAAAAUUAAUUUACGAUUAAAACCUGUUUUAGCUGACGUUCCCUCUUAA